AUUGCUGCAGAGAUUGUUGUUCUUCUGGAAGGUUCUCCUUUCUCCACAGAGGAAUGCUAUAGUGCAGCAGAUAACUGAAACAAUCCUGCAAAAUGGUGAUAUAAGCACCAAAGUUGACACAAGUACUCCUUACACAUUACUCUUCUGAAAAAAACAACUAGUCACUUGAAUUUUCAAUAGGCUCCAAUUUUGGUAAAAAGUGAUGCAAAUUAUUGGUUAAGCUAAUAGGAUUAAUAAAUGGAAUAGUUUUGACUGUGCUGAAUGUUUGGUCUCCAAAGUAUAGGUCAAACAUGUGACAUAUGUUACCCAGAGGAAUUUGAAAUCAGGCAGAGGUAAAAAUGGCACUGUCUUUGUCCUCUCCAUGUGGAUGUCACUCUGAGGAGGAGGAUUCAAUGGCUGUGUUUGAGUCUACUGCAGCAGAGCACAGAGACCCAGCGAGACUCUGUCUAUCUGAAAUCUCUAUCAUUUCCCCGGUUCUGGACACCCAGCCUUCUGUUAUAAAACCGGAAGUGCUGGUGAAGCCUGCAGUAACCAGACCAGGAAGCAGUGAGGAGGGGAGCAGUGAGAAAGUGAAGGUUUAUCUACGUGUCCAACCACUUAUUGAAGCGGAGCUGGAGAGGGGAGAAGAACAGGGUUGUGUGGUUGUCCAAGAUGAAGAGACGUUGCUUCUUAAACCUCAAAAGGACUCUCAGAACUUGAGGACAGCUGAGAGAAGCAUCACCCAGAGCAUGCACAAGUUCACUUUCUCAAAGAUCUUUGGGCCAGAAACAACACAGCAACAGUUUUAUGAGGAAACAAUGAAGACGAUGGUGAAAGAUGUUCUUAAAGGAGAAAACAGACUUCUCUACACUUACAGUGUCACCAAUUCAGGAAACACCUACACCAUUCAGGGUAGUGGUCGACAGGCUGACCUCCUGCCCAGAGCUUUGGUGUCUCUAUUUAGGAAGCUGCAGGGUCGCCUUUAUGGUGCCAUGGAUCUGAAGCCUGUGAUGUUUCAGGAUGUCAGAAAACUGAAUCCCGGUGAAGUCAGAGCAGAGGAAAUUCGCAGGAACUCUCUGCUCAAGGUGGAUGAGACAUCUCGUCGAAGUGGCACCAACAUAGCCUCGGACAGCGGCACUGGAGGACUUUCCUCCACCAGUAACAUAGCCACGCAGCUUGAGGAUGCUGACAGUAUUUGUUUGGAGCCUGACAGCCUUUCUCACAGUGGAGGAGAAGACCUGGAGGAAGGUGUUCAGUUUUCGGUCUGGGUGUCCUAUGAGAUUUACAAUAAAUUCUUGUAUGACCUGCUGGAAACUCUGCCCUACAUGCAGCCCAGGAAAUGGAUCAAACUUCGGCUUAGUGAUGACAAGCAGGGCAACCCCUACGUGAGAGGCCUUACCUGGAUCCAGGUUUGCAAUGCAGAAGAAGCUUGGAGGAUUCUGAGGGCAGGACGUCGGAACCAGAGCUUCGCCUGCACUCACCUCAACCAAAACUCCAGCCGUAGCCAUAGCAUUUUUUCCAAUCGUAUCCUGCACAUCUGUCCAGAGGCAGACCCCAGUCAGGCCAUACACAUCAACGAACUGACUGUGUGUGACCUGGCCGAAUCAGAGCGCUGCAAAGAGCACCGCAAUGGUGAGAGGAUGAAGGAGGCCAACAACAUUAACACUUCCCUCUUAACGCUGGGAUGCUGCAUCACUGCUCUGAGGAACAAUCAUACUAACAGGUCUCGGCCCCCUCAAGUGGUGCCCUUCAGGGACAGUGAACUGACUCGGGUUUUGCAGAGUUUCUUUUGCGGCCAAGGAAGCUCCAACAUGGUGGUGAACAUCAACCUGUGUGCCUCCAUCUAUGAUGAGACUCUCCAAGCCCUCAAAUUCUUUGCUAUUGCUACUCAGCACGUGCACGGCCCAUCAACAAAGACCAGAGUGGCUUACAGCCUGUGUCUGCUCCGCGAGCAGACAGCAAAGUCUAACAGCAGUACGGUGAUGGAGGAGGAAGAGGAGGAGAGUGACGAAGAUGAUGAUGGUGAUAUCACAUUGUUAAAUACUCAGGCAUUGCUGCAGGCCAUAGAUGUCCUGAAGAGAGAGAUACAGCGUUAGCGGGAAGAAAAAGAAGUUCUGCAGGAAAAUGUGAGGGAGCAGGUGGUGUCUGAGGUGAUGGAGGUCAUCAAUGAAAUGCAGGAAGGCUUCAGAGAGAGCAUGGAGGCAGAGAGGGCUCUCAUGGAAGAGAGGAUGGAGAACAAAUCUCAGAUCCUGCAGAAGCACCUCAAGAAGUUCUACAGCCAGGAGGUCAAGACUCCUGCAAGUAAACUCAAAGGUUUUGUUCGCACCGGGCAUGCAGCUCCACCUGCCACUACUGAUUGCAGAGCUCACAAACAGAAAGUUGUAAACCCAACUGGUGCUCCUCCAAGAGUGAUCAGUAGUACAUUAAUACUGAAAAAGAACACAAAAAUAGAUGUGGAUUUGACAGCGAUGAAUUCCCAGACAAACAUAGUAAAAUUUGGGAAAACCAAGUUCCAUCUUCCUGUCCAUCAGGCUAAGAAGAAGCCUGCAGC